AUGGCGAAAAUGGAAACGGGCAUUCGAGAUAACGCCGAAGGAAAAGGUUUGGAUAAUACGCGAAAGAAAACUUUGCAGCUUCUACAUUACGUGGGAAUGGAAGUUCAGGAUAUUUUCCAGGAUAUUACAGACCCUGACCCAGUUAACGAUAAUCAGGAUCCGUACGCUGUGUGCAUUAGGAAACUGGAUCACUAUUUUCGUGCUGAAGAAAACAUACCGUUCGAGCGACACGUGUUUAGGCAAAUGGCGCCAAAUGAAGAGGAACCGGUGGAUAAACACCUAGUGCGUCUUCGCCAACAGGCAAGACACUGUAAUUUUGGUGCUGCGUUAGAAGAAAGAUUCCGAGACCAAUCAAUCGAGAAGUUAACCGAUUUGGAGCUGAAAAAGAAAUUGUUGGAAACAAGGAGAAUCCCUUUGGAUGCGAUUCUCGAAAAAGCAAGAGCUUCGGAAGCGGCCAAAUAA